AAAACCCCUAACUCCUUAACUCAUCAAAUAUCUCUCUCUUUUCCUUUUCCCUUCACUUUCUCUCACCCUUUUCCUUCACUUGCUCUUUUAUUCCCCAUGACAGGAAAAAGAAGCCAAACAAGCCCCAUUGGGAGCCCAUCAUCCGGGAACAUCUCCGACAGCUCCUCCAAAGAACAAGACCGGUUCCUCCCCAUCGCUAACGUGAGCCGGAUCAUGAAAAAGUCCCUCCCCACCAAUGCCAAGAUAUCGAAAGAAGCCAAAGAAACCGUCCAAGAAUGUGUCUCCGAGUUCAUAAGCUUCAUAACUGGUGAAGCCUCCGAUAAGUGUCAAAGAGAGAAGAGAAAGACCAUCAAUGGGGAUGAUCUUUUGUGGGCUAUGACAACACUAGGGUUUGAGAAUUAUGUUGGGACUCUAAAGGUUUAUCUCAACAAGUAUAGGGAGACUGAGGGAGAGAAGAAUUCUAUGGCUAGACAAGAAGACCAGACUUACCCUAGUUAUAUUAAUACUAAUCCUAGUGGGGUAAGUGAGAUUAGCAAGGUGAUUACCAAUUCUAUGUCAAGUAGAGUUGAUCUUCUUGAGAGUUUUAACCAUGAGGAGUACUAUGGGGUUGGAGUUGGGGCUCAAGUGAGUGGAAAGAGCCAUGGAGACCGCGGAAGAGUCAUCGUCAGUGGCUAUGGAGAGAAUUUGGUGAGUAAUGGUGGUUUUAACAUGGGAAAAAUUCAUGAACUUGGAGAUGGAAAUGCUAAGAGGGCUAUGGCAACUCAUCUUCAUCAUGGGGUUGAGUGGUAGACUUUAUUUGAUAUAUCUAUAUAUGUGAGUUUUUAUAAUUGUUCAUUUGAAUUUUGUUAACUUAAUUUCUACAAAUAUAGUGGUAGUUUGAGAUAUCUCUCUAAAUAUAUAUAUUUUAAGAAUUUUUCAUUAAAUGUAAUAUUGUUGGUCACUUUGCCAUAUGUUUUUAAUUACAUCCAAUAAAUACAAUCCUUGGAAUGUUACUGUUC